ACCCUUCGAAGUGUGCAGGUCGCUCAUAAACAAAGUGAACAUUCAUGGCUUUGGACAGUAAUCUAGACAACGUACCAAACCAAAAGUGUGUUUGCCGUACAAAAAACAACCUUUCCGAAUACACCAGGCGAGAUUGUGGCAAACUGAAAGCAGCACAAAUUAUUUUAGGUUUCACAUCUCUGGUUCUUAUUCGACCUCGAUUCCGGGACGCUAACGUUGAGUACUGGUUUAUGUUUCUAUCGUUAAACAGUAUACUUCUGACGGCUCUUACCAGCGGCGUUCAGCUGCGGAAAUUGCUUCUUUUGCACCGUGCGUGGACUGCCCGAUUUGAGCUGUACUACAACGGCAUUUUGGCCGUUCUCUUCUACGCUGCAUCGUUUUGGAUGUUGGCGAACUUCAUCGGGUAUUACCACCCCAGGACGAACAUUUUGGCUGGAAUAUUUGGACUACUCACCAGUAUAGUGUACGGCUGCAAUUGGUGGUUACUGUACAAACCGUGGGUGAGAUAACGGUUCGCUUAAGUGCAAGCCAAGGAACGCGUAAUGGGCAAGAUUUGGUGUGAUAAUCGUUUGUUUGAAUUGUUUGAAAACAUCAAUUACUAACAGCAAACAUUGAACAAAUUACUGUUUUAAUCUCUCUUUUUUAAAUUCCUAUCUAUUUUCUUAUCACAAAAUAAAAAUUGGUCGUUAUGUUACAAUUUUCAUGUACGACAUUUAUCAUCUAAAACUGAAACAACAGAUAUCAAGUGAAUAUUGUUCAAAAAUUUAUGUUUUACAAAUAAAUCUGUGUAUGUGGUACACCUCACUGCAGCCAGGUGCAAU